AUGUCAUCUGUGGCACUGAAUGUUCCACUGAAAAUGGACACAAAGGACCUUCAGAUCCAAACGUUAACAGUGGAACGGCUGAUUCAGCCUUUGAUAUUACAGGUCACAACUUUAGUAAACUGCGUCAGAGAUCCCUCAAAGAAUAAAAAAGGACGAUCAAAGAGAGCUAGUGUUCUUCUGGCAUCAGUGGAAGAAGCCACAAACAACCUAAUUGAAAAGGGAGAUCAAAUUGCUGAGGACAGCCCUUUUUUGAAGGUGGAACUUACUAAAGCAGUGCAGGAUGUGCGUAGAGAAGGUGAAACAAUGAGGGUUACGUCGAAAGAAUUCACAGAUGACCCAUGUGCCUUAGCAAAGCGAGAAGGUGUGGUUGGUGCCGCUCGAGGUCUACUUGCUGCAGUGACCCGACUCCUUAUUCUGGCAGAUAUUCUUGAUGUUAUGUAUCUCUUGCAGCACCUCAUGGCUGUCCAGAAGUCAUUUGCAUUGUUGACAAAUGUGACAAAUGAAGAUGACCUGAACAAAGCGUACACAAAGUUUGGGCAGGAUUUAGCCAAGUUAGACUUCCUGACUCAGAAACGCCAACAGGACCUCAAGUCGCCCAGUCAGCGUGAAGGUCUGGCCACUGCCCGUGCUUGCUUGAAGCAAACCUCUCCCUUCUUAUAUUCUACAUCCAUGGCCUGUCUGGAACACCCGAAAAUUGCUGCACUUCAGGCAGGGCGGGAGUCUGUCCACAAUGAGAUGCAGGAGGCUUUCACUGUAAUCUCUGACGCUGUGCAGGGAAUUGGAUGCCAGAUGUCCCAGUCUGCAUCUGCUGCUCCGUCUCUUGCUGGCGCUAUUGAUGAAUUUGAGAGCGCCAUUGUCAUUGACCCCCUUGCAGUCCACGAAGACAAACUGAGGCCUCUGCUGGAAAAGAGGCUGGAAGAUAUUGUCAGUGAAGCUGCUUUGAUGGCAGACUCUUCCUGCACACGCGACCAGCACCGUGAGCACAUAAUAACAGAGUGCAAUGCAGUGCGCCAGGCACUUCAAGAUCUACUACUGGAAUAUAUGAGUAACGCUGGAUAUAAAGAACGAAGUGAUGCAGUGAACUCUGCCAUUGAAAACAUGUGCAAGAAGACAAGACAACUUCGCAGACAGCUGCAGAAAGCAAUAAUUGACCACGUGUCAGACUCUUUCCUGGACACCACCGUUCCACUCCUGGUCUUGAUUGAAGCUGCAAAAAGUGGAAACGAAAAGGAUAUCAAAGAAUAUGCUGCUAUAUUCAGAGAGCAUGCCAGUAAACUGGUGGAGGUGGCCAACCUUGCUUGCUCAAUGUCAACUAACAAAGAAGGAAUCGAUAUUAUUCAAAUCGCAGGACACCGCAUCGAGACCAUGUGUCCUCAGGUCAUCAAUGCUGCUCUGGCUCUUGCUUCCUCCCCAAAAAGUCAAAGUAUCAGAAGCAACAUGGAGAUGUACAAGAAGACCUGGGAAAGCCACAUCCGCAUCCUGACUGAAGCAGUCGAUGACAUUACCAGCAUCGAUGAGUUUCUCGCCAUCUCUGAAAGUCACAUUCUAGAAGAUGUGAAUAACUGCAUUAUCUCUUUGAGAGAGAAGAAUGCUGAUACCCUGGAUCGUGUAGCAGGGGCGAUUCGAGGGCGGGCUGCUAGGGUUGCUCACAUUGUCAGUUGUGAGAUGGAAAACUAUGAGCCUGGAGUCUACACUGAAAAUGUGGUGAAAACUGUCCAGUAUUUGGAGGAAUAUGCUGUUGCAGAGUUUGUCACACAAGUGAAUGUUGCUCUGGAAAGGCUCAGCGUCGACUCCUCAUCCCAGUUUGACGACAGCAACUUUGUGGAGGCCUCCAGGAAGGUCUACGAUGCAGUUCAUGACAUCCGAUGUGCUGUUCUGAUGAUCAGGACACCUGAAGAGCUUGAAGAUAUGUCUGACCUUGAGGAUGAUCGUGAUGCACUAAGUCACACCAGUGUUCAGACAGAGGGAGAAUCUGACAGGACUAAAAUGACUGAGCUACCAGAAGAGGAGAAGGCUAAGAUUGCUGAACAGGUUGCAGAUUUCAAGAAGGUUAAGAGCAGGCUGGAUGCAGAGAUUGAGAUUUGGGAUGAGACCAGCAAUGACAUCAUUGUACUUGCCAAGAAGAUGUGCAUGAUCAUGAUGGAGAUGACUGAUUUCACCAGAGGAAGAGGCCCCCUGAAAAACACAUCCGAUGUCAUCAAUGCGGCCAAAACAAUUUCCGAUUCUGGCAACAGGAUGGAUGUAUUAGUGCGUCAGAUUGCAAACCAGUGUCAAGAUCAAUCUUGUAAACAAGACUUGUUAGCAUACCUGGAGCAAAUCAAGCUCUAUUCUCAUCAGCUCAAGAUCUGCAGCAAAGUCAAAGCUGAAAUCCAGAAUCUGAGUGGAGAGCUCAUUGUUUCUGCAUUGGACAGUAUUACUUCCCUCAUUUUAGCUGCCAAGAAUCUGAUGAAUACAGUAGUGGACACAGUGAAGAUGUCCUACAUUGCAUCAACCAAGAUCAUCAAGUUGCAGAGCCCCUCGGGAGCACUUCACUCUGUCGUCAUGUGGAGGAUGAAGGUUCCAGAAAAGAAACCUUUGAUCAAACAGGAGAAACCCGAGGACCUGACAGCUGUAGUGCGGAGAGGUUCCACCAAGAAAAAGAUCCACCCUGUUAAAGCUAUGAGUGAGUUCAGAGGAAGAAACACUCCCUAA